GAGAGCGUCAGACUGAAGAUCUGAAGGUCACGUGUUCGAUCCACGUUCACCGCAAUCUCUUUUAAUUGUUUUUCUUUUUAAUUUUUUUUUUUUUUUAAAAAUCAAAUAUCCAGUCGAGAAUUGUGAUUGUUUAUCUCGAUUGUGAGUUAUCAUCAAUUCAUCAUCAAGAGAAGCAAGCUUUGGAAAUACAAAAAUGGCGUCGAUUGGGGGCAAGGGAUUAAUAACGAGAGCCAGUAGGAUGAGGUCAAAGCUCCAAUCUGCCUUGGAAGCAAGCCUUCUUGAGAUUGAAGACGUUUCCUACCAACACGCUGGUCAUGCCGCCGUCAAAGCCAACCCUAACGCCGCCGCCGGCGAGACUCAUUUCAAUCUCAAGAUUGUCUCCCCCAAAUUCGAAGGUCAGAGCCUUGUCAAACGACAUCGUUUGGUCUACGAUGCUCUUGCAGACGAGCUUAACUCUGGUCUUCACGCUCUCUCUAUCGUUGCCAAGACACCAGUGGAGAUCGAACGCGCCUCCAAAUAGCCAUAGCAAAGAAUCUCACGGUUUUGAUCGAGACUCUUUCAAUGCAAUGCAAUGAGAAUAUGAGAUGACUACUUUCAAAGACUUUGUUUGAACUGAACAUGGUUAAACGUAUUUGAUGAAAUUAUAUAUCUAUAUUUUUGGUCAGCAAAUUUAUCUGUAGAUUCUGUUUAUAAGAACUAAUAUAUGCAUGGUUUCAGUUUUUAUGA